CCCGGAAGCAGCAACAUGGCGGCGCCCCAAAGCGACAGGCAAGCCAGCCGACUGGACUUCUCCUUGAAUGUGCCCUUUCCGUCAGCGCGAGAGGCCACCGUGGCCCUGCGGUCACUUGGUGCCGACCGCGAGCCGCGACGAAACAGUGUGCACAAGUGUCUCGUGCUCCACGGGAGCGUUUUGACAGCGAGAUGGAACGCCGACGAAGCUCGCGCCCUACGCGUUUCCGUCAACUCCUUCCUGGAGCACCUGGGCCUGGUGCUGGAGACCCUGCAGAUGUUUCCCACAGAGGAACCAGAAGGAGAGGAUCCCACCCAUUUUUAAAAGCGGAUCGGACACCGUGGCAGUAUCUUUGAUUGGCGAUCAGUCUGUGAUGCGGCGAUACCUUCGCUCAGGCCUUUCAUACGAACGGUCUAGCGACAUUUCGUGCAACUUGCGUGCGGCAAAAUAAGACUGCCAGGGCAAGGAGCUACAGUAGGCCAUCCCUCACGCUGUCGUUUGCUCCCGGUGGCGCUGAAAGCCACAUAUGACACAGGCCUUUACUAGUCUUUUGAUACUUUCUUUGAAAUAAUGUUUUUGUAAAACGCAAGGUUUUUUUUUUUUUUUUAACACUUUGGGGGGCUUGGAAACAGAUGAAAUGCAUGGCACCCAGAUUUUGGCUUGCAAUCAGAGAAAGGUCAACUCCUACAUCAAGGCAACGGUAAUCAUAACCACCCUGGUGACUGUUAAGAGAGGCAAUUUAGGCAUGGAAAAUGAAUGAAUGAAUGACAAAGAAAUUUAAAUUUAAAAAAAAAAAGUGAGCACUGAUAAUACUAAACAAUAAUGUUUAAUUUUUGGCCACUUUGUCAGAACAGGGAUCUGCUGUUAAAUGACUUUCAAAAGAGGAAUUUGUAUGCAGAAAGAGCCAACUUGGAAAAAAACGAAUAGCUUUCUUACAUGCAAACGUAUGUUUGCACCAACAUCUGGAGCAUGGACAGAACGGCACCAACAUAGCGCUUGCUCGCCAAAGUUUCCCGUGACCGGGGGGGGGUGCAGGUUGCAAAAUUUUCAGAUAGGCAACCAUUAAAUCAAAUCCAUUGUCGGGCCCUGUUACGUCAUUAUUCUUUCUCCGUCUCCACUCGCGUAGUCUAAUCAUUGGACGUUGUGAGUGUUUUGUUUUCUUUGCGUGAAAUCAAAAGGGCCCGGUGUUAUUUGUCAAGCGCCAGCUAUUUUGUUCACGGCUGACCAGGGCCGGCCCAGCCUAUACGCAGACUAUGCAGCGGCUUAGGGCCCCUGGCCACUAGGGGGCCCCUAAUCUGGCAAUUGUUCAAUUUAUAUUCUAUUUUGGUUACUACAGUUUGCUUUAUUUGACUUUUGUGAGUUUUGAUACUUGAUUAGAAGCUUAAAAAAAAUAAAAGUUCUUCCUUAACUUCUUUCUUUCCUCUUUUAGAAAAAGGUUUCACACUAUCUACGGUAAGUACUGACAAUCAUUUAGGGUGAGAAAUUCAAAAUAUGCAGUGCAACAAAAUCUGAUUAAUAUACAAAAUAUGGACGUAUGGGUUGGAUUGCAUGUAUGGGUUUCACAGUACACUGUGACGAAAUGGUGGGCCAAAAAUAUGGGCCCCUUUGCAUUAUUUUGCUUAGAGCCCCCAAAUGGCCUGGGCCGGCCUUGCGGCUGACCAUUGGGGGGUGGGCGCUUAGAUGGAAACAACACGUCAAGCUGGCGGGAAAGGCGGGACUCAGAAGUCGUCAUCGUCGCAAAUGUCCAAGUAGACGUCGAAGGCCUCUCGGUUGCAGUUGCCGUCGGGCGUGAAGACGUACUUGUGGAAGGUGCCGUCCACGCAGAUGGCUGCGGGGGGCGACAAAGGUUAGCCGGGCAAAGCUCGGGAAGGGGCAACGGCGAGCGGCGCGUCCCACCGAUGACGGAGUUGACGUUCUUGGAUGUGUUCUUCCCAAAGGCGCAAAUGCAAGCGCACUCGGCGGGCACGGUGAAACUGGCCAGCGACCACUGGCUGUCCACAUACUGACCGAUCACGGGGCCCACCUUGCCCACGCGUGCCAACCUGCCACAAACGGACAUGGUCAAGGCGGGCGGCGGACGAAGCGGCCCGCAACGGUCUUACGCUGAGCGCCGGUUGAGUUUUGUGUCUUUCAGGGCAAAGAUGUGGACCGUCCCUUUGUCGCUUGAUGCGCACAAGAACGAGGAAUCGUGACUGAAGUUGAUGCUGCUCUCGGGAAACAGAGCGGGUGAAGUGUCGAGAAUGGUCCGGCAGCUGAUGGGAAUAGGGUGGCGGCGGCGGCUUACCAGUAGAGCGUGGCUGGGUCUGUGCCUCGCCGAAGCUCCACCAGUUUGUCGCGGCUGCUAGUGUCAAAGAGUCGGAUGAGCGUCCCCUUGCGUGAGGCAGAAGCGGCCACACUGCCCGGUUGGUUGAGCGCCACGCAGGCGAUCUCACUCUGGUGCGCGUUGAUGGUGAACGGCGCCGACGACGUUCCCGGUUUGGUGUUGGAAAGAUCCUGAGGGAAACGGAGCUUUUUUAGCCUCGAGACUGACAGACGAACACCAGUGACUCACCGCCAGCUGCAGACUUCCGCACUUGUGUCCAGGGAAGAGCAGCAGCUGUUUGUCUGCGCCAGGACAUAAGUCGCACAGACCUAAGGGAGAAUUGGUGGCCGUCAGAGAAGGACCCCGCUCGGGACAAGACGGCUCGGACCUUUAGGGUUGUCUCUCGUAUCGAACUCAAACAGCUUCUGCGGUUUGUCGGGAAAUGUGUACACGUAGAUCCUGUUCUUCAACACGAUGACGAUCCUGUCGGGAGGCCUGCAAUUAGGAGGGAACGAAAAUAGCCAGCGGUACUGCACCAGCAGGUUUCCUGCUCACUUGUCGUGUCGCAUGCGGACGGCCAGCACCGGCUUAGUAAAGGUGAACUCCAGCACAAGCUUGUCUUUGGCCUCCCGACACUCCCGCGCAUCGUCCCAGAUCAGCACUGUGGCAAAACGCCGUCAGCGUCCUCGUCCGUGUCGUCUCGAAAAGCCACUCACCUGAUAUGUCUGAGAACUUGGGGUUGACGCCACCCCCGACCAAGGCCAACAGGUUGGAGCGAUGCAGCAUGGAGCACAACGCCACGCCACCCACCUGCUCGCGAUCUGCCAAGGAGACAGCGGAGCCGGUCAGCGGGCUGUUUGGCGGAUCCACCGAACAGCCCGGCGCUCACCCAGAUGUCCUUUCUCCAUGAGUGGUUCCACGUUGUAGAUCCUGACGCCCGACUCCAUGGAGCAGCAGAAACAACCUGCAAAAGGAGACGACAGAAGCCUGAGCCUUGGACAAACUGUUUUGUUGAACUCGGGGAAAGGAAAAAAAAAAACCCCCAGCCAAAUAUCUAUGAGCGCACUCCGCAAACUUCACUUGUCCGGGUUCCCCGACACGAGCCACGCUCAUCAUCUGGCUCAAAAAUGCAUUCCUUCAUGGAAUCACUUAAAUUAUCACGUCAAAGGAAUCUCACUUUUAUUUACAGGGCCUGGAGUCAUUUUUUAAAUUUCGGGGAGGGGGUGGGGCUUAUUGCCUUUAUUUACAAUUGGUUUCAUUUUGAAAAUAAAAUGUCAUUUCACGGCUCCAAACUAACCCAAUUAGAGCAUUGUUUGGGGGCACCAGAAUUUAGUUGCUAAUUAAAUAUUUGAUCAAUGCCAUGAUUACUAAUGCAGAAACGCUCAUACCGUAGACGGAAUUUUCUGCCAAUUCUGUUUACUUGCAAGAGUUACAUGAGUGUAUAGUCCCGCCUCUUUUCACAUAUCUGCCAAUCACAUUUGUGGUGAAAUCAUGUUCUUAAAAAUGUCAAGCAAAAAUGUUGAAAUUACCAAAUUU